AUGGAACAAAUAAAUGCCAAACUGUGUGAAAUGUUUCCAGGUCGCGAACAGCAAAUAGAAACACUAUUAAGUCUAAUGGGCGAGCCUCAAGAACAAACACUUCCCGCAAUAUACGUAUACGGAGACCACUCCUUAGGAAAAACAACAGUCAUAAAAUCCCUCAUGAAACUCGCUCUACCACCUCACCAGUACACUUUUAUCGAUUGUAUUGUGUGCUUCGAGCCGCGGAUUAUGUACCAGCACGUGUUAAACGAUUUGACGCAGACGAAACCGACGCCCACGAACAAGUAUAAAAGUCAGAAAUGUGCGAAUUUAAAAGAGUUUGUUGUCAAGGUUGGAGAAUGUUGUCAGUUGGGAAAGGAUGCUGGUGAGACGCGGUAUUUGAUUUUUGAUCAAGCUGAGCGAUUGCGUGAUAAAUCUCCAGAUACACUAUUACCCACUCUGAUGAAGUUGAGAGAAUUGGAUACACUGAAAAUAUUUUCCAAACAUUGCCCAAACAACAUCGACCUCGAUUUUUUCCUAAGCUUUGUGAGAUUCCUGUACGAUGUUUGUAAUAGCAAUUGCAAAGAUCUCUGUGAGAUGUUUCAGUUGGCGUUUUCGUUGUUGCCAAAGUAUAUUGAGCCUGUUGUAAAGGGGCGGGCCAAAAAAGGUGAUACCUUAACGCUAAUUCAACAUAUUGAGCCUUAUUACAGACAGGCAAUGGACAAACUGCAUCUAAACGAGAUAUCAAGUUCUCAAAACGCGCAAACUGAUGAUGGUAUUGAUUUACCUUAUUACACUAAACUACUGCUAAUCGCGUCUUUCCUAGCAUCCUACAACCCAUCACGCCUCGACAAACGAUACUUUUCCAAAGGCUCCGAAGAAACAUUACGUCCGUAUCGUAGAAAAACCAACCAAUCGCAGCAAGGAAGUCCAAAGAAAAGUCCAGCCAAAAAUUCUCAGUAUGAUGCUUCGGGAGGUGGAAAGCUUCGCCAACAACUUUUAGGGCCAGUGGCUUUUCCUGUCGAGCGCAUGCUGGCAAUUUUCGAUAGUAUUAUUCCAGAUUCGAUUGACGCGAACGUCGAGAUUAUGAAGCAGGUAUCAACCCUAGUUACACUACGGCUUCUGACACGGACAACACCAUUCGAUAAUCUUGACUCAACAAAGUACAAAUGUAAUGCGAGCUACGAACUUGUCAAAAAGAUAUCAUCUAGUAUCAAGUUUCAGAUACAGCAUUAUUUGUAUGAUUUCGAAUGA